UGAUUUGCUUAACCAACCUCCCCGUUUGCAUACUUUGAGUUUGUGUUGAGUUCGCCGCCGCCGUUUGAUUACUCUGGCAAAUAUUGUAGAAAGUUGUUGCAUUUCACAGAGAAUUAGCCCAAAUUUGUCUGCAAGAUGUUCCUGACCCGCUCCGAGUACGAUCGUGGAGUGAACACCUUCUCGCCCGAGGGUCGUCUGUUCCAGGUUGAGUAUGCCAUCGAGGCGAUCAAAUUUGGCUCCACCGCCAUCGGCAUCAGCACUCCGGACGGUGUUGUGAUGGCGGUCGAGAAACGAAUCACCUCAUCGCUAAUUGAACCGUCGAAGAUGGAAAAGAUUGUGGAAGUGGACCGGCACAUCGGUUGCGCCACCUCCGGACUGAUGGCCGAUUCGCGAACGCUGCUCGAUCGGGCACGUAUCGAGUGCCAGAACCAUUGGUUCGUGUACAACGAGCGAAUGUCGGUGGAAUCGUGCGCCCAGGCAGUGUCGAACGUGGCCAUCCAGUUCGGUGAUGGGGAUGAUACGGACUCGGCCAUGAGCCGACCGUUCGGUGUGGCGAUACUGUUCGCCGGUAUUGAGAAUGGGGAGCCGCAACUGUGGCAUAUGGAUCCGUCCGGGACGUACAUUCGGUUCGACGCGAAAGCGAUCGGAUCUGGUAGCGAAGGUGCACAGCAAAACUUGCAGGAAUAUUAUCUGCCCACAAUGACCAUAAAGGAAGCGAUCAAUCUGGCCCUCAGCACACUGAAACAGGUGAUGGAAGAGAAGCUGAACUCGACGAACGUGGAAGUCAUGACGAUGACUCCGAAGGAACUGUUCCGAAUGUUCAGCAAGGAGGAGGUGGAGGAGUACAUUAACAACAUGAGCUAAAUUUGAGGCGGGGCAUCGUUUUGCAGCUCCCUUCUCUGCUGCUUCUCUUUUCACGCAACCACAUUAUAAGUGAUUAUCAUCUCGUGUUUUUAAAGCGUGAAUGCCUGGGAGUUGUGGCGGAGAUGGUGAGUUACAGCCGGAGAGCAUAGCUUGGGUGUAUCGGUUAACGUACGUUUCACAUCGCGGUUAAGGGGAAGGACGAGGACAGCCGUUCUCGUUAUGGCUUUUUUUUCUCUUUUCGGAUUCGGCUUCCGCUCGGAGGCAAUGUGAAGACUUGUGUGGUGAGGCAGAGAAGUGAAUAAAAUUUGUUUAAGAAGUGAAAA